AUGCUAUUAUCACUUAUGUUGACUUUAAUCUCUCUAUAUGCAUAAAAACGGCGAUCUAAGUUAACCGAUCUUUUGAUACAGAUUCAUCAAUAUUAUGAUCGAGGUGAACUGGGCGAGAAACUAGUCGAGAUUCAGACCCAAUAUGUGGGUUAUGUAAUCCAGGUAGGUUUGACUUAGUCUCUGUGGUUGGAAAUAAGUAAUUUGGUACUUUCUUCGGGACCAUAAAAGUGGACUUCAUCGCGAUACCAGGGGUUACAGCCUGAACUUAGGGAUUAAGUCUUUUUCCUGUAGGUGCUGAAGAGGUAAAAAAAGGUUGUAUCUGAGCACUCUCGCUCGCGGCAAAGCAGAGAAGUUUAGUGCCGCAAAGCUAAUGAAUCUUAUGGUUGCUUGGUGACUGCAAGCCAAUCCUACUUCCACCCACCUCUAAUUUAAUAUUAUUUUUUCGACUUUAAUCUCUCUUCUCUCUCAUUUGCAUAUGCUGACCAAUGUCCAAGCUAUUUUUGCACAGACAAGUUGCCAUCAAGUCAAUGCAUAGCCUUUUCCUAUCCCUAUCAAUAUUAUCUCAAUCCAUGUGAUCAAGACCUCAAUUGUAACAUCUCAGCAAAAUCCAAUUCCUCCUGCAUAAACAAUGAGUUAGAAUCAAACCGUUAUCCAGGCGAUUUAUGCUCAUUAGACAUUGAAUGCAUCACAAAGAACUGUUUCUUAGGCAUCUGUCAAGGCCCUAACAUUAAUGAGCCAUGUUCCUUAGGAGUCUGUAUGCCAGGCGCUUUUUGCAAUAGUGGGAUUUGUGUGGAACAAGUAAAAAUUGGUGGAGCUUGCAAAGAUGAGUAUGAUUGUGUUAAUAACGCUCUCUGUGACUCAGGAUUUUGUAUUGAAUAUUGAAGUCUUGAUAUAGGAGAAAUUACAAGCUCAGUAAGCGUAGAAGGAUUUUCAAUGGCAUGUACUUCAGGGUUUGCAAGCCCUCAAGGGGAUAAGUUUGUAUGUGCAAACCCUCCAUUAUCGGCAUCUACGGCACUGCCUAUUGAAUGUGAAUUAGGGACAUUGUGUACAUCAGCAGAUGGGCUGUAUUCACAGGAAUGUGCUUGUGGGUUUAAUUCAAAUGGGAAUGGGUAUUGUCCUCUGUUUCCUGGAGAUCCUUAUGUGCAAAGUGCUAUUCAGGAUUCAGUAGCUGUCCUUUCGAUUGACCUAUAUACAUAAAAUGCAUGGAUAGCAAGCCUAACAUGAGGUGGCAUCCUACAGGGUGCGCAUUGACUUUGAGGAAGGAAAAAUGGCGUUUGGGAAUGCGUGCCCAGCAGUUUUUUUCCUGGCUUGGUGAAGCGUCAUGCUGGAUUAGCCAUACUCAAAACCCAGGUUUUGCCUCAGAAAAAUGAAUAGAAAAUUGGAAAGGAGUCUCCCAGUAGUAGUGUUUAUUCUGGACAAUCGGGAAUGCUCCUCAGCGUGAAACCAGUUACGUCCUGGGAUUUGGCCGAGGGUUGACCAGAAAAUUCAACCAUUAGUGGGCAAUCUUUUUUUUGAAUCACAGCACGGCAACUCGACUCAUUCAACUACCGGGUGGAGACUGCAGACCUCGUCUUGCAGGAGUUUCCUUUGUAAGGCCUAUACGAACUGGCAAGCAGGCAAAGAAGGUGCUACGGGUGGAGAUAGUCUUCGAGGAAUUGCAGCAGACUUCUCGAUAAGUAAUAAUAAGCUAAUAAUCUUUCGAUCAACUCAGGCUGCAACACUCAUUCAAGAUUUAGCUUCAACUGUUUUGCGAAUUUCCCAAUAGAAGAUCAGAAGACUUUUCUUAAUUUUGCAUUGAAUUUAACACUUAUUAGAGAUGGUUAUUUUCCUGAAGUUCAAGAAAACCCUUAUUGUGUAAAAGAAAUUUUUACGAAUUUUUACUGGAACAUGUAUAAUACUUUGCAAGUGAUUUCUUAUCCUCAAUGUCCUCGGUAUUUCUGCUCAAAUUCUACAGACGAAUGGGAUCAGCUUCAGUGCAUUCAAUAUCGCAAAGAUAUUUAUGAAUCUGAUGUCCUUAACACCUAUUAUGUCCAUCCCUGUGAUAAUUCUGGCUUAACCUGCCCUUCUUCCUCUUUUCAAAAUUCCACAUGUGCUGAGCCGCCUCCUAAAAACUUACACCCAGGUGACUAUUGUAAAGAAAAUAGUGAUUGUCAAAGCGGGGUUUGUCAGCAGAAUUUCUGCCUAGGUAAGAGAAAUGGUGAUUUUUGUGAAUAUAUUCAUGAUUGUAUGCCAGGGUAUUUUUGUAAUACAACAUUGAUGCUGUGCCAAGACCUGCAGGUUGAAGGGCAGUAUUGUUCACUGACGUAUGAAUGUGCCAAUUAUUUAAUAUGUGACCAAAAAGCCUGUAUUGCGUAUUACAGCUUGGAUAUAGGUGAAAUCACUGAUAACGCAGAUUUCAAUGGUUUUUCUCAGUCAUGCGCAAGUGGCUUUGCAGUGCCUUUUCAAAAUGGCUUAUUUAAAUGUGCAGAGCCUCCAGUUUCUAAUGAAUGGCCUGACCAAUGCAGACCUGGAGUCGAUAUAUGCUACGAUAAAACAGGAAACUUCAGCAAACCCUGCACAUGUGGGUUCACUGAAGAUGGUGAAUCAUUUUGUCCUUUAUUUGAAGGAGAUUCCCCAUUGCAAAAUGCGAUUGCAAACCAGAAUACUCUUUUAGAAAUAAACCAAAUCUGCAACACAGUUUCAAGGUUCAGUGAAAAUUGCUUUUUGCAGACCAAAGAUUAUUUAGGCGUCUAUUAUGACUAUAUUUUGAACUUAACAGAGUAUAUGUAUUAUCCUUAUUUGCAAGGGAAUAGCUAUUGUGUAAAAGAAGUGUAUACAUAUAACUUUUGGAGACUAGUAGAAGAAGAAAUAAAGUGGGACAAGGAUGAAAAAGAUGAUCAUCCAGGCGAUCACGAUGAUGACGAAAUAGCAAUUCAGCUGAUUUGUUCAGGGAUUUUAUUAAAUUUAAUAUAA